UAUGAGCUCCGGUGAUGGAGAGUGGGCAGGGCAGUGUCCGUGCUGAGCUCCAGGGAAAUCGGGAGGGGGGUGGUGGAUCUGGGGAUGAGAUACCCAGGUCUGGAGGACGGUGCAUCAAUAUAGUGACACCGUAGCUGUGUCUUGGAUAGCGCCUCAGCCAGGUCUGCAAACCCCUUCUCUUCCCAUUUUAUUUAUUUACUUAUAUAUUCUACCCCCCUCUCCUACCCCAAUUCAUAAACAGGGAGACGUGUCCCUAGAUCCAGAGGGCUGGCUUUGCCUGGUUUCCUUAACCUCCACUUCUCAAUGACUCGCAGGUAACAUCGUAACUUGAUUUAUCUCCCCAUUUCCAACCAAGCCGUUUAUUCUACCCAAUUCCUCCUCCCCCUCUGUCUGGUGCUGAAAUCAUGGAUGAAAUUUUGAAGAAGAUUUCGAAGGAAGCGACGGGGAACAAGUACAAGGCUAUAAGGGAUGCCUGCACUUUAGCAUGUGAGACACUGGAGUCUGAAAACAAUGCUGCCAAGCUACCGACUUAUCAAUUGAGGGAGAGAUGCCUUACCCCUCUGAAGCUUGCUUUGGAAUCGAAGAAUGUCAAACUGGCCCAGCAUGCGUUAGCUGGAAUGCAGAAACUGCUGGCAGAUGAGAGGCUGGUGUCAGCAGAGAAAGAGCUGGAAGACAGACAGUUGCUGAACCAGAUGCUGGACUCCAUGAAGAUUACACCCUUUCUGAACGAGGACCUGCAAGUGGAAGUCAUGAAGGUGCUGCUGUGUAUCACAUACUCAUCGUCAUUUGAAAUAAAUGGCAGUGCAGUGCUGAAGAUUGCUGAGGUCUGCAUCGAGACGUAUGUGACCAGCAGUCACCAGCGCAGUAUCAACACGGCUGUGCGAGCCACUCUCAGCCAGAUGUUGAGUGACCUGACCCAGCAACUCCGCCUGAGGCAGGAGAGUGAGAGCGGGAAUGGCUGUACAUUGCAAGAGGAACAUCACAGCAAAGGCUCCUCAGUCCCAGUCGAGUCGCUGUGUGAGGACGUUGUCUCGGUGCUCGCUGUCCUUUGUGAGAAGCUGCAAAGAGUGGUGAUCAAUAACCAACAGUUGCAGCUUCUUUACCUGGAGUGUAUUCUCUCCAUGCUGAACAGUUCCUCUCCUGUCAUGCAUCGUCAUAAAGGUUUCACAGACCUCUUGUGGAAGCAGCUUUGUCCAGCUCUGAUUGUUAUCCUGGGCAACCCGAUCCAUGAUAAGACCAUCUCAUCAGGUCACGUCGCCUCGCUGACAGAGACUGAGGCUUCUUUGACCGGGGUCUCCGAUCACGGCCGCGGAUCAGGCUGUUCGUCCACGGCGCCAGCACUCAUUGGACCGGUGGCACGCACAAUCUACUACAUAGCGGCGGAGUUAGUGCGGCUGGUUGGCUGCCUGGAGUCACUGAGGCCAGUCCUGCAGUCCCUUUACCAUCGCCUCCUGCUGUAUCCCCCACCACAACAUAGAGUGGAGGCUAUCAAGAUCAUGAAGGAGGUCCUAGGUAACCCCCAGCGCCUGUACGAUCUUGCUGGCCCAACCGUAUAUGAAGGGGAAACCAAGAGAAGGUCCAGCCAGAAGAGAAAAUCUCACCUGGAUCUUCACAAGAUCAUCAUGGACGGAAUGACGGAGGCCUGUGUCAAAGGAGGGAUUGAGGCCUGCUACGCCUCAGUGUCUUGCGUCUGCUCCUUGCUGGCGGCCCUUGAUGAGUUGAGCCAGGGGAAGGGGCUGAGUGAGGAGCAGGCGCGGCACCUGCUGAAGCACUCGGAGGAACUGAAGGGUGGCACCGAGUCCACCCGGGAGUCCAUGGAGAUCAGCGAGGCCGACUUCAGGUGGCAGAGGCACAUCCUGUCGGCUGAGCAUGCUCACUGGGAGUCCAGCAACGAGAAGAGCCCCGACAUCAGCAUCAGCGUCACCACGGAAACCGGACGCACCACCCUAGAGGAGGGCAUGGGGCAGACCACCCCGGAGGAGAACCCCCCGCUGCUGAGAAACCACUUGGAUUACUCUGCGGGCCUUGAUGCUAACGAGGCACUGAGUAAAAUGCCGGCACUGGGAUUGGAGCAGGCGGAAACGCUGGAAGGAAUCCAUCGAAACAGCAUGCACGCCUAUCCCGAUUUAGCCAACUUCCUGUCAGUCGACCCCAGGGUGAACAAACCGCCUGGUUCCCGAUACAGCGAGAGUAACUUCAGCAUUGACGAGCAAGACAUUUCCAGGACUGAGUUCGACUCCUGCGAUCAGUAUUCGAUGGCAGCCGAGAAAGACUCGGGCAGGUCAGACGUCUCGGAGAUCGGUUCCGAUAACUGUUCCCUGGCGGACGAAGAGCAGACGCCUAGGGACUGCCUGGGUCACAGGUCGCUGCAUGGAGCCACCCUCACACUGAAGGUCCUAAAGAACCAGGAGGCUGACCAACACAGUGCCCGGAUAUUCGUCCAGUCUGUUGUCACGCUCCUCCCUCGCCUCCUGUCUCUCCAGAACACGGAGGAGGUUGACUCAUCCCUGCAGAGUUUUGCCUCUACGUUUUGCUCGGGUCUGCAGUCAGAGCUGUUACAUUCUCCGGGCAUCGACGGCAGUGAGGGUCCCUGCUGCCAGACACUGAUGAAUGCAGAUGGAUUGUACCUGGUGGCUUUCCACGCGCUGUCACUCAACCUCAAGCUGAUCGCCUGUGAUUACUACCGAAAAAAACCGGCACCCGUCCCUGCAUCAUUGAAGGAGUUUGUGAGGCAGGUUCAGAGCAGUCGAGUUCUGAUGGUGCUGUCACAGGCCUGGAUCGAAGAACUUUACCACCAGGUGCUUGACCGGAACCUGCUGGGUGAAGCUGGGUACUGGGGAACGGCAGAGGAACACGGUCUGCCUUUCAUCACUAUGUUAACCGAUAUGGAUGGCCUGGGAAGCAGUGCAGUAGGAGGGCAAAUGGUCAGCACAGCAGCAGAACAAUCUCCUCUUGCCCAGGAAAAGAACACCCCCGAUUCUGUGACUGCAGGAAUGUGUUUUGCCCGGUUCAUUCUGAUUGGCUGCUGGAAGAACCUGAUUGACACUCUCUCUACUCCCCUGACUGGUCGGGUGGCUGGCAGUUCCAAGGGACUGGCAUUCAUACUGGGCACAGAGGGCAUUAAGGAGCAGAACCAGAAGGAGAGGGAUGCCAUCUGCAUGAGCCUGGAUGGUCUCCGCAAAGCAGCUAGGCUCAGCUGUGCACUAGGUGUUGCAGCCAAUUGUGCCUCAGCCCUUGCACAGAUGUCAGCAGCAUCAUGUGUCCAGGAUGAGAAGGAGGAGAAGGAAACCCCUGAGACCACUGACCCCAUUGCACAAGUGAAGCAGAAAGUGGAGCAGAAGCUGGAGCAGAUUGGGCGGCCACAGGGUGUUCAGCUCCACACGGCCCAUGUUCUCUGCAUGGACGCCAUCCUCAGUGUGGGGCUGGAGAUGGGCAGUCACAAUGCGGACUGCUGGCAACACGUCUUCAGAGUGUGCGAGUACAUCAGUACGUUGGAGCACAGUCAGUUCAGUGACGGAGGCUCGCAGCCUCCCAUCACCAUCACACAGGCACAGCAGGCAUCCAGCUCCCUGCAGCCUGCAGACAUAGCACUGAACUCCAUCAAGAACCCCAGCACCGAGCUGGACACCAAUAUCGGCAACCCCGUCAUUCAGGCGGUCACCAUUCAGGAGCUGAUCAAGGACAACUGCAAGGGGAAGGCAUUUGACUUCCGGGGAGGAGGCGUGUUGAACGGGAACAAUGCGGCCAGGGCUGUCUGCACACUCUCCACACUGGCUGACAAGUUAUUUGAAGAUGCUGCUGUGAAGCUGAAUCUCAACGCUCUGGUGGGAUUUCUCAAUCAGCUGAGGAAAGUGUCACAGGCUCAACUCUUUGACUCUGUUACAGAAACUGUGGACUACUCACUAGCAAUGCCAGGAGACGCUAGAUCUACCCACGAACAGAGGAGUGGUCUACAUCUCUUCCGACUUGGUGACGUGAUGCUCCGAAUUGUGCGGAGCCGGUCCCGUCCUCUCUUGCACCUCAUGAAGACCUGGAGUGUGGUGGGCCCUCACUUAGCAGAGGCUGCCUGUCACAAGGAGAGGCACAUUUCCCAGAAAGCCGUUUCCUUUAUCCAUGAUAUUCUGACUGAAGUUCUAACUGACUGGAAUGAGCUGCCAUAUUUUCACUUCAACGAGGCCCUUUUCCGACCAUUUGAACACAUCAUGCAGUUGGAACUAUGUGACGAAGAUGUGCAAGAUCAGGUGAUCACAUCGAUUGGAGAGCUGGUGGAGGUUUGCUCCCCACAGAUUCAGUCUGGCUGGCGACCACUCUUCAGUGCAUUGAAGACCGUGCACAGUAACAAGUCUGAUGUGAAGGAAUAUCUGAUUGGUGACUACUCAAUGGGGAAGUCCCAGGCUCCGGUUUUUGAUGUCUUUGAAGCAUUCCUCAACACGGAUAACAUUCAAGUGUUUGCUAACGCAGCCACUGACUACAUAAUGUGCCUUAUGAAGUUUGUCAAGGGUUUGGGUGAUGAAGAUUGUAAAGAAAUAGGGGAUUGCUAUCCUGGUUUGGGAUCCAGUUCCACAGAUUUGUGCCUUCCCGCCCUCGAUUACCUCAGGAAGUGUUCACAGUUACUUGCCAAAAUAUACAAGAUGCCUUCAAAGCCGAUUUUCCAUGGGCUGCAACUUGCCAGCUUGCCGUUCAGAGGCCCCGAGAGAUCACUGAGCAGCGAAGAUGGGAUUGAGUCAGUCCUGAAUGAGUUCGACGAUGACACAGGUUUGAUUCAAGUCUGGAUUCUGUUGCUGGAGCAGCUCACCACAGCCAUCUCCAACUGUCCACGCCAGCACCAGCCUCCCACGUUGGAUCUCCUGUUUGAGCUGCUGCGAGAAGUCACUAAAGUACCAGGUCCUGGAUUUGGGAUUUUUGCUGUCACUCAUCUCCUCCUUCCAGUGAUGUCCCUCUGGCUUCAGCGUAACCAUGGAGAUCAAUCCUACUGGGAAAUGGCUGCUGCCAAUUUUAAACAUGCCAUUGGUCUGUCCUCGGAGCUGGUGAUGGAGCAUAUUCACUGCUUUAUCCAAUCGGAUAUUGGCUACGAGAACAGCAUCAACUCCAUGCUGAAAGACCUCCUGAAGCUCCUCGUGUCCUGUAUCGCCGAGCCCACAGAAACAAUCUCCCGAGUUGGCUGUUCAUGUAUCAGGUACGUUCUGGUCACAGCCGGACCUGUGUUUACUGAUGAAAUGUGGAGGUUGGCCUGUUGUGCCCUACAAGAUGCUUUCACAGUCACACUGGAACCAGUAAAGAACCUGCUGGCCUGUUUCCAGAGCGGCUCAGACAGCUUCAGUGGAGAUGCUUGUGAGGUGAAGGUGGCAGCCCCUUCGCAUUCCGCCAGCGCCGAGGCUGAGUACUGGAGAAUCCGGGCUAUGGCACAGCAGGUCUUUCUGCUAGACACCCAGUGUUCACCCAAAACCCCCAGCAACAGGGAAGGUUUUGAGCAUGCUCAGUCCUGCGUGUUGAUCAUCGAGCUCCCACCGGAUGAGAAACACAAUGGCCACACUCAGAAGAGGAUCCCAUUCCGGACAAUAGUGGUGAGCUUGUUGUCCCACCAGGUGUUACUUCAAAAUCUCUACGAUGUCCUGCUCGAAGAGUUUGUCAAAGGCCCUACACCAAGCGAGGCUUCAGACCGGACUGUCAGCUUUGGAGAGACCAGGCCAGCCAGCUUCCUUAGGUACAUCUCCAUGCAGAACUUGGCCGUCAUCUUUGAUCUGCUGCUGGAGUCUUACCGAACGGCCAGGGAGUUUGAUACGAGGCCUGGCCUGAAGUACCUACUGAUGAAAGUCUCGGGAGUGGGAGGGGCUGCCAAUCUCUACCGCCAGUCGGCAAUGAGCUUCAACAUUUAUUUCCAGGCUUUGGUGUCUGCCAUUAUGACCAACCAGGAGAACAUAACGGCCGAACAGGUCAAGAAGAUCCUGUAUGAGGAGGAGGAGCUGAGCUCGGAUUCUUCCCAGCAGUGUUCCUCGGAAGAUGAGGACAUCUUUGAGGAGACAGCCCAGGUCAGCCCUCCCAGGGGAAAGGAGAAGAGGCAGUGGCGAGCGAGGGUGCCUUCUCUCAGCAUCCAGCCAAUCAGCAACGUGGACUGGGUCUGGUUAGUAAAGAGGUUGCACAAGGUGUGCCUGGAGCUCUGUAACAACUACAUCCAGCUUCACCUUGACCUGGAGUGCUUGGCAGAGGAACCCCUGGCGCUGAGGGGUGACCCUCUCUUCUUCCUGCCCUCCUGCUAUUCUGAGGGAUCCACCCCAUCCACUGGGGGCAUGUCAGGCAAAGAUACCCCUUCAGAAGAGGGCUCCAGGAGCCACGUAAAAGAGCUGGAAGAUGGGAAGCCCAAAGGGCCCAGCAGUGCCCCCUUGAGCCCCAACGUGGAGAAGAAGGAGCAAGGCCGGAAGAAGGAGUGGUGGGAGAGUGCCGGUAACAAGAUCUACACCAUCGCCACCGACAAAACCAUCAACAAACUCGUCUUCGAGUACAAGAAGCGCAAGCAGCAGCAUAACCUGGCCACUUUAGUCAAGGAGGGGAAAGCAGAGAAGGGGGAGGUGGCACUGGGGAGAUGCCCAGAUUCCCCUCUCCAGAGGCCUCAGCAGCUGCUGGACCAGACCCAGAUGCGGCAUUCGCUGAGUGCAGGCCCCGAGCUGCUCAGAUUGGAGAAACGAUCUCGUUCUGGAUCCACAGUCAGCUCCCACAGCGUCUCUGUGCGUGACACUGAGGCCCAGAUGCAGGCCUGGACCAACAUGAUCCUAACAGUCCUCAACCAAAUCCAGCAGUUGCCAGAUCAGAUGUUCACUGCCUUGCAGCCCUCCGUCUACCCGAGUAUCAGCCAACUCACGUGCCACGUCACCGAUGUCCGUGUUCGGCAAGCUGUUCGAGAAUGGCUGGGAAGAGUCGGAAGAGUUUACAAUAUAAUUAUGUAAAAAAAAGAGAAAAAAGUAUCUCGACAGUAAGAGAAAAAGAAUCUAUAUUUAUGAAGCACAAGGGUUAACUUGUGAGUAAAUGACUUACUUUUCCAACCCCGACUGAGAAAUAUUUUUCUUACGUUACCCUCCAAGAUCCAAAACCAACCAUUGUUACUGGGAUACGUCCGAGGCCAUUAGCUUGCUCCCUGAACCCCAAGUUGUCACUUCGGGGGAUGUGUCCUCUCCUGCUCCCCACCCUAAGGCAGCCCCUCGGGAUUGAGGGAGCCUUGCGUUGGAGAUGGAGGGAUUUGAAGAAUCAGAGCAGCGGUAUGUACCAUCUACAAAGUGCACAGUGGGCUGAAUGGCCUGCCUCUGCUCCUGUGUUUUACGGUUUUUUAUUGAAAGUGGAGGGCCAUUGCAGUUCAGUGUGAGUGAGGUCAAUAGUGAGGGAGCUCCAGGACAAUUAGAGGUCAGGUUCUGCUGGUGAGAGACACGAAUGACCGUAAGCAGAUCCAUAUGUUCAUUUAUGGUCAGGGACAGACUGAAGCCAGACUCAAGGACUUUGGACACUGUGUUGGGAUGUCCCUGUAGUUUUAUCUGAGAGUAAGAGGGUGGCGUUCCUACUAAAAGAGGCAACCAGGCACUGACUGGGAUGGACAGGUCAACAAGGGCACCCAUUUUGAUCCACCUUCAUUCACCCACCUAAGCAAAAAAACAAACUUGCAGUCACUACUUGGGUGAAAGUUCCAAUAUUGAGAGGGUGGGUGGGAUGGGCAGGUAUUGGCUGGGGCCCCGUCUUACACCAUUACUUUUCUGUUGAAGUCGACGUGUUUCCGUCCAUUUUGAGUUUCGCCUGUAUCCAGGCCGUUGCUUCUUUAACAAGGUUCCCUCUGCCAUUCGGCUUAGAAAGAAUACUCCAAGAUUUAGUCACUCGUUCUGUGAAGCUUCUCUGUGAAAUCUGUCUGAAUGUUACCUCACUUCCGUGGGGGACAGUUUAGCUCAGUUGGAUGGAAGGUUGGUUUUGUAGAGCGAUGCCAACAAAGGUGGGUUCAAUUCCCAUCACCAAACCUCUCCCAUUGCCUGAGCUAUGGUGGCCCUCAGGUUAAAUCACCACCAAUCAUCUCUCUAAUAAGAAAGCAGCCUUAUGGUCCAAUAAGACUAUGGUGACACACACGUGCACACUUCGCUCCUGAUCUCCAGCUUGUGACCUGCCCUGACUUACCGCGAAAUUAAACUUUUAAUGUGCGUUUUUGAUGCCAGUCUCUUAACAGGUGCUGCUUUUUUGGAAGUGUUUUUAGUAAAUAGUGUGGUCUUAAGGUAGAUGUUUCCACCGUGAAGAUAACAUUUGUCACUUGGAUGUUAUUAAGGCCCCCAGGCUGCAGUUUAAUAGUUGCAUUGGUAAACAAAUUGCAUUACAUAGCGUCCAGGGACACUUUCUCCAUCUUCAAGUGGCUGUAUAAAUUGAAUUAUCGCAUCAGAUUCCAAGCCUACUGUUCUGUUGGCUCCUUGACGUCGGACCUCAUGUAGUUUGCUGUUUCUUGUCUCAGAACUUUGAACGUUUAAUUUCUGAGACUUGAAAUGAGCCUUUUACCCACAGGAACUCUGAAUGCAGAUUUUGGAAGAAAUAUUUCACCUACACCCACUCGAUUCAAAUGGGCAAUCUUCCAGCACGUAAGGAGGCCAUUCAGCCCAAUGUGCCUUUGCUGGUUUGAAUGAAGAGUUCUCCAAACUAACCCCAUUAUUUUUGAUGUAAUCAGUAAUUGAGCUGAAGCCCUAAGUCCUAAUGUAUUGCCGGGACAGAGUUCUCACACAAGGACAGACAGGCUGAAAGUGCCACAGUGAUGCCAUGGAUACUUAUCCUGGUGUCUCCUCCUUGACUCAGUGUCAGAAAUCACACAACACCAGGUUAUCGUCCACCUGACGAAGGAGCUGCACUCCGAAAGCUUGUGAUUUUAAAUAAACCUGUUGGACUAUAAUCUGGUGUCGUGUGACCUCUGACUUUGUCCACCCCAGUCCGACACCGGCACCUGCCCCAUCUUGACUCGGUGUGUCAGUCACUAUCCUGUCAAUCACCCUGGAACAUUUCUACAUGAACGAUGCUAUUGCGAUGCCAGUUGUUGUUGUAGGGGUCAGCUGAUCCACCCAUCCUGUGGCUGAUGCGACCGCGUCAGAAUCCACUUUGACGUUGAACCGACAGUGUCCAGUCCCAUGAGCUGUUUGUCCUGAUUGGCCUUGGCAGAGAUUUUCAACCAGACAGUGCUCAAUACAGCUCCCACCCCCAAGCUGGAUAACAUUGAAUAGAGGGACGGAAGAAUGGAAUCAUUAUUUGUUCAGAGUAGAAUGUAUAGAAGAAGGUGCAUUACACAAAAACAAAGUGAAAGUGAAAUUAGAGAAAUGAGAAAUGGGGAUGGGGAACGAAGGAGACUAGCUGCAUGGUCAUCCCAGGAGUUCUUUUACCCUCACGUUUCAAAUGGAUGCCCUACCUCCCUCAUGGCAUCUCCAUCUACCCCAGUUUUUGUCAUUUUCAUUGGCUAUCCAUACUGAUCAAGAAGACCAUGUGAUCCCAAUUCAUCCACCACCAACACUCAGUAGCAGCAGUGUGUACUAUCUACAAGAUGCACUGCAGAAAUUCACCUAAGAUCCUCAGCCAGCGCCUUCCAAACCCACGGCCACUUCCACUCAGAAGGACGAGGGCAGCAGAUACAUGGGAACAACCACCCCCUGCCAAGUUCCCUUCCAAACCACUCACCAUCCUGACGUAGAAACAUAUCGCCAUUUCUUUAUUAUCCUGGAACUCCCUCCCUAACUGUGAGCAGAUGCUGUGAAUGUUUCUGCAUCCCAUGGACUACAGCAGUUCAGCUUGCUCCUCACCACUUUCUCCGGGGCAAUUAGGGAUGUAUAGACAGACAAAAAGUGCUAAAAGUACUCAGCAGGUUAGAGCACUGCUGGAUCUGAGCAUUUCCAGCAAAUGUUAUUUAAUAUUCCAGUUUUCCGGAAUUUGUAAUGUAUUGCCCACACUAUGUGCCGUCCAAAGCCUCUUUUAUUCUCCGAGGGCCCUCUUGCUAAUGAGAGAGAAUUCUCAAGGAUCUCCAACCCUUCAGGGGGCUUGCCAUUCCUUUCAAGUCUUUGAUGUUUUUCUCGUUUACUUAAUUAACGUGGAGCUAAAGUGGCUAAGUCGAAGAAAUGAUACAACGACCAUUGCAACGGGCUAGCAGAACAGGCCUGAGAGGCUAAACAUCACCCUCCUGCUCCUGUGCUGUCCCAUCCCAAACAUAUUACCCAUCCCACUCUCUACUCCUCUCCCAUUGGAGAUGGUGGCCAAACAAUUUAUUACCAGCUAAUUUGUCGGUGUAUAUGCCUCUUCCUUAAGGAAGAGCCCCUUCCUUUGAUUUAAGAACCGUAGAAAAGUUAUGGCAAAGAAAAAGGCCAUUCAGCCCACCACAAGUGCAUGGGUAUAUCAAAGAACUAGUUGCCUGCUCUGAACCCACCUUCCUGGUGCGCAGCCUUGUAGAUUAUCGUGCUUCAGGAAGCAGAUCCUGAUUCCUUUUAUUUGAGUUGGGGGUUUUCCCCUUUAACACCAAACUGAGCAGCCAGUUACAGAUACCCAUGUCCUCUGUGGGUGAAAAGUCUUUUCCUCACAUGCCCUCUCAUCCUUUGGGCAUCAGCUUCCAUCUGUGUCUGUCCCAGGAAUAGACCUCUCCACUCGGGGAUACAGAUCUUUUCUGUAUGUUCUGUACAGGCUCCCCUCCUCCCUCGUAAUUUUUCACACCUCGAUUUCUAUUUUCUGUAACUCCUCAUGCCUCUUGUCUCAGUGACUUGGCAGCGAGUGUGAUAGAGGGGACCCAGGACAGCAAUCAACAUGUGGGUAAGCCAGUUGGUGCUCUGUGUCCUGCACUGGUGUUGUGAUGCUGAGCGUGUGUUCUCUCACUGGCACCAGAACAGUAUAAGGAGGAUUGAACUGAAGCACGUUCUCCCCUCAUACAUUCCGAUCUUGCCUCGCGACAGUCAUUCCUCAGCUCAGGGGGCUCCCAGCACCACAGGCCUGUAGUGACUAGAAUUUCAAACUCCUGGGAUUAUACAGUGCCUGCACGCUCUCUCCCUCCCUGUACACUCUCUCUGAGACUCAUGCUGCCAGUCGCCAAGGCACCCAUUCCUAAUGGCAAGGUGGUUCACAUCAGACUCGAAAGACUUAUUUUCCGGUUGGCCGUUCCUGGGGCUGACCUGGAGUCAAUCCGGCAGAUCUAUCUUCAGCAGCACAAGGGGAUCAAGACCCCAAACACUCCAGAGCCUGCAGCAUCUGACCCAUUGCAGUGCUGGGAGGAGUGCUGCAGUAGUCCUAGGCACUGUCUUUCAGUUGAGGUAUUAAACCGAGGCCCAGACAGGAGGAUGUAAAUGAUUCCGGGGCUAGCUAUUUCGAAGAAGCAAAGUCUUCCCCAGUCACCUGGCCAAUAUUUAUCCCACAAGCAGCUUUUCUAACACACACACACACAAAAAUGUUCUUGGCUUGCGGGAUCUUGCUAUGCCUAAAUUGACUGGCACAUUUCCUAUCUUACAACAGCAGGACUUCAUUGGCUGGGGAGCACUUUGUAAAGUCCUUAGGGAAGAAAAGGCAAUACGUAAAUGCAAUCUUUCACCUUUGCCAUGUUGUUUACCUGAGCUGACAGUAAGGGUGCUUGUCAAGUCUUAUAGGCUGUCCUGCAGACACAACUGGAAGAUGACAGAUUAGAAUCCAACAUCGGGGAAGGAGAGGGUGUACAGGGAGGAGAGAGCAUACUGGGAGGGAGAUAGCGUACAGGGUGGGGAGAGCGCGUACAGGGAGGGAAGAGAGCGUACAGGGUGGGGAGAGAGCGUACAGGGAGGGAAGAGAGCGUACAGGGAGGGGAGAGAGCGUACAGGGAGGGGAGAGAGCAUACAGGGUGAGGACAGCGUACAGGGUGGGGAGAGUGUACAGGGAGAGAGCGUACAGGGUGGGGAGGGGUGAUUGCAACAUUGCUCCUCACCUGAAAUCCCAGUGAAGUGUCCGUUUGUGCAUCUCACACCCACAGUAUUUCAUACUGGGUCAGAUCUGAAUCUUGCGUCGUGUAACUGUAUAUGACAUUGUUAAAUGUGCCCAUUGCCAUGUGCUGUUUGUAGUUGCUGCAAAAUAACUCUCUUUUUAUUCACCUUUUAUUUAUAUUGUAUUUGUGUUUUUAAGAAGUCAGAUAUUUAAGUUCACGUUUGGCUGGCCAUUAUCGCUUAAUUUACGUCAAGGAAAAUCACAUUUGUGUACAUUUUUGCGCUGUCAAUAUAAGGCUGCCGUUCGUUCAGAAUGACACUUUAAUAAGCAGUUGUUGAUGAUCUGUAUUUAUAAUGCUUGUAUUGUAGAAUAAAUAUUGCCAGUGAACAUCAUAAA